UGUAGCUAUCUCGGUAGUUACUGCUGUACGUGGUGCCAAAAAUCAAACGCACCUUUCUGGAUUCUCGCACCUGCGCCUCUCCAAAGCACAAACAAAAUUGGCAGGAGUAGAGAAUGGAAAAGAGGUCGACAGACGUUUAUAUUACUCUUCUUGAGAACUUCGAAAGAAAUGAGAGCAAUCAGUAAGAGGAAAAGAGCUAGGCGUACUAAAGCCUCCCUAAAGGCCAAAGUCCCCAAAGUUGCCGAUGGAGCCGCUAGGUCUUCCAGUGGAAAGGAAAAGAAAGUACAGCUGUGUUCCAGUGACAGUGAAAGCGAGAGCACAGUUAUUCCUGAUGUGGCUACAUCAAUUGACAUUGAGGACAGCAGUGUACCUGUGCUCACACGCACCGAGAGUGUAAUUAGAGCAAUCAGUAAGGGGAAAAGAGCUAGGCGUACUAAAGCCUCCCUAAAGGCCAAAGUCCCCAAAGUUGCCGAUGGAGCUGCUAGGUCUUCCAGUGGAAAGGAAAAGAAAGUACAGCUGUGUUCCAGUGACAGUGAAAGCGAGAGCACAGUUAUUCCUGAUGUGGCUACAUCAAUUGACAUUGAGGACAGCAGUGUACCUGUGCUCACACGCACCGAGAGUGUAAUUCUUAACAGAGGGAUGUUUCAAUACUCAUUUGAUUCUUUGUCAAGUUCGGAAUACAGCCAAGAAGAAUAUGUUCCUCAUUCUGACGAAACAGAUGGCGACAGUUCACCAGAAAGUACAAGAAUGAAGAAAAGUAAGAGUAAAUUACACAAGAACAAAUGUAAAUCCAUCUUUCAGAAGCAUUCAAAGAGAAUCCCUCUUAAAAAGUGCCCACAGAGAAGGGAUACAAGUUCCAUAACAGCAGCCACUACUCAAGAUAGUGUGGAGUCACAUGAUUUAGAAGAGACCUUGUCUGGGUUAAAUAAACCUGGAGAAACCAUCUCAGGUGGUAGCUCUGUAAUGGUUAUGACACUUAAAAAGAAAGCAGAUGGUGGUAGACUGUACAACAAAAGACUGUAUUGUUGGUUUUGCUCAAAACCAUAUGCCAAAAUGGCACGCCAUUUGGAAACAAAACAUAAAGACAAACCUGAAGUGUUGAGGGCAAUCAAGUUCCCCAAGGGUUCCAAAGAGCGAAGAUUGCAGUUUACUUUACUGGCUAACAAAGGUAACCGGUCCCAUAAUAAUCGUGUCCUUGAAGAAGGAAAAGGUGUAGUGAUACCUCGUCAACAAUCUGGUGCAUCUGUGAAGGCUAGUGACUACCUACAUUGUGUGAACUGUGAGGCUUACCUGAAGAGGAAAUCCCUUUGGAGACAUAUGCAAAGAUGUCAUCUGAAUAAAAAAAUCAAAGACAUGAAGCCUGGAACAUCCAGAGUACAGGCCAUUUGUAAAUAUGCUGAACCUCUCCCAAGUGGUGUAAAUGAACGGUUUUGGAAACUGGUCCUUGAUAUGAAGGAAGAUGAGAUCACCAGUGUUGUCCGCAGUGAGAAAAAGAUACUGAAAUUUGGGGAACACCUCUUCAAUAAGCAUGGGCAUGAUGUUACAAAACAUGAAUAUGUCAGACAAAAGAUGCGUGAGACAGGGCGACUUGUUCUCCAAGGGAGGAAAAGUGGAAAGUUGAAGACUAUUUCAGAUUUCUUUGUACCGGCUAACUUUCCUCUUGUAAUAGAAGCUGUUAAGAUUGUGGCUGGCUUGAAUGAAGAAACAAAUACCUACAAAGCACCGUCCUUGGCUUUGAAGUUGGGUCACAACCUCAAGAAAAUCGCAAACAUCACUGAAUGUGAUGCAAUGAUCAUAGAAGAUGAGACUUCUCUUAACAAUGCGCGGAUCUUUAAGCAGAUCUGUGAAACCAAAUGGAGUGAAUGUGUGUCAUCCCAGGCCCUCCGGAAUUUAAGUGAAGCUAAAUGGAAUUGUCCACAACUGCUUCCCUUUGCAGAAGAUGUUAGACAAAUGCAUGAGUAUAUCAAAAAUCAAAGAACAACAUGUAAAUCAAGACUUGAGGAAAAAAAUACUACAAAGAACUGGGUGGAACUGGCCAAAAUCACUCUAGGUGAGGUGAUAAUAUUUAACCGUAGACGAGAAGGAGAAGUAUCCAAGAUGCCACUAAGCGCGUUCACUCUGCGGGACACCUCAUCAACCCACCCAGAUGUUGAGGUUUCAUUGUCUGAAGUUGAGAAGCAACUCUGCAAGCACUUCCAACGAGUGGAGAUAAGGGGCAAACGUGGAAGAAAGGUCCCCAUUUUGCUGACACCUGAUAUGUUGGAAUCCAUGGAGCUGCUUGUGAAGACUCGUAGUGACUGUGAUGUCCUGGAUGAUAAUGAAUUUAUGUUUGGAAGACCAAAAGGACUGGGUCACUUUAGAGGAUCAGAUGCAAUCCGACAGAUUGCUCAGUGCUGUGGCGCAAAGCACCCAGAAGCAUUAUCUUCCACUAAACUUAGAAAACACAUCGCCACCAUGUCUAAGGUCCUCAACUUGAAGGACAAUGAAAUGGACGACCUUGCGGACUUCCUUGGGCAUGACAUUCGAGUUCAUCGGGAAUAUUACAGGCUGCCUGAGGGGACGUUACAGCUAGCAAAAAUCAGCAAAGUUCUGAUGGCCCUGGAGCGUGGACAACUCUCGCAGUAUAAAGGGAAAAAUCUGGAUGAGAUAAACAUUGAUCCACAAGAGGAAAUGGCUGUGGACAGUGCAUCAGAUACUGAACAUGAGGCUGAUCAGACAGACUAUAAUGCAGACUCUUCAAGAUCACCAUCAUCUUACUCAUCAUGUAUGCUGGAUAAAGAGGUGCCACUGAUGGCAGAGGGUUCAGGUGAAUCGCAGAGAAUCACAGUGACACAAACCCAAAGAACCAAGUGGACUGCAGAUGAAAUCCAGGCAGUGGAGAAAACACUGAAUGCAUACAUUAGAGCUGGAAAGGUUCCUGGGAAGGCUCAGUGUGUUGAGUGUAUUGAGGCUUCGCCAGUGGAACUUAAAAACAGGACCUGGAAAGGAGUAAAGUUUUAUGUUAAGAACCGCAUUGAUUCUUUGAAACGAAUCUCUCAAAAGCAGAAGUAGGCUUUGAUAGAAACAUUUAACUGUUCACUGUUUUAACUUAGUUCCUAUCAUUAUUGCAAUACAGCAAUAGUUUUUU